AUGAACAUUCAGUCUGCUAUCAACAAAGAGGUCUUCAUCCCUUGUGAUGAGCGGAUGUUGGUUGCAGUGGAGGUGCGGAGGAGGAAAAGGAAGAGGUUGUCCUUCCUGCCUACCAGAGCCAAAGGAGACUACACCACAUUCAUCUGUGUUUCAGUGACGAACACAAGGCCACAUCAACUCCUCAUUACAAAGGUGAAGCGGUUUGGUGGCUCGUCUUCCUUUACCAGAAGGUCCCAGUGGACAGUGGACCAGCUCCGACAGGUCAACGGCAUCAACCCCAACAAGGACAGCCCAGAGUUUAACCUUGUGUUUGACAAUGCUGUGGACCUAUGGUUGGCCAGCUCAUCAGCAGAGAAGUGUAUCUUUGUUCAAAUCCUGUACCACGCCUGCCAGAACUACUGGGAGGGGAAAGCAGGGAGUCUUGGCAAAGUGAGCCACCAGCGGAGAGCGAGUCAGUGUGCUCACCAUGAGGUCGGAGCUGGUCCCAGUGACUGCUCACCAGGCUCUGCAUCCAAAGCACUCCAGGCCCGACAGAAGAGCUACAUUCCUGCCAGACAGACAGAGUUCAUCAACUGCCAAUCCAAACUCACAGGAGACGCCUCCACCAUGAAUCUGAUCAUCUACCGCUGCAAAGCCUUCUUGAAUCGCAUGCAGAAUAUGAUGGUUGCAAAGCGAAGGCGAUCACAAGUUCAAGGUAAGGCAGCGAGUCCAGAUGGGCAGCGUGCCACAUGGAGCACUAUGGGUAAUGUAGUCCAAAGGGUGAACGUGGUUCUUAGGGAGCGUGGAGACAGACUGACUCGUGCUGAGGACAAGACUGUGGAGCUGAUGCACAAAACCCAGCAGUUUGCAGACACCGCUCACAAGCUGGCCCUGAAGUUUUCAAAGUAG